UAACAAUAUUAGGCUUCAGCUGAACGAACAAUUACGAUGUUUAGAUUUACGAAUGGAAGCUCAGGUAGCCCUAGUAACAGAACUUCAAGACUUUUUUCGCCGUCGAGGAGAACUAGAAUUAGAUUACUCAAAAAAUUUAGAUAAGCUCGCCAAAAGUCUUCAAUUGCGGCAUAAAGAACAAAAACAAAAAAGGGAACAGUGGCCACUGUUUUCGAGUUACGCUUGCUGGCAGCAAUUGGUGACCCAGACGAAAAAUCUGAGUAGAGAUCAUGCGGUACUAUCAGAAGUUUAUUCUACCCAUUUGGUUAACCGCUUAACUCAAGUAAUGGAAGAUGUACAAAGAAUAUAUAAAAGGUGCCGUGAAAUAGGAUAUGAAACUCACGAAGAAAUAUUGCGAGUGUUACACGAACUCCAUACUACAAUGAAGACGUAUCACAGUUAUCAAGCAGAAUUACGACAAGCAGAAGUUAAAUUAAGGGCAGCAGAAGCCCAAAGAGGAAAAUUGGAGCAAACUUUAUCACAAGAUAAAUUAGAUAGAUCAAAAAAGUAUAAAUUAAUAGAGAAAGAAGUGGUUAAGCGGAAAAAUAAAUAUACCGAUGCAAAGUUAAAAGCCUUAAAGGCGAGAAACGAAUAUAUUUUAUGUCUAGAAGCAUCGAAUACAACAAUUCACAAAUAUUUUGUGGAUGACUUGUCCGAUCUUAUCGAUUGCAUGGACUUCGGAUUCCACAACUGUGUAUCUAGAGCUUUACUAAUGCACGUUUCGGCGGAAGAAGGUAGGCAGAAAUCUGUGCAAAGUGGAUUAGAUGCCCUCUCAGCUUGCAUUAAUUCACUCGACUCCAGACUUGAUAAACAAAGGUUUCUUGAGUUUAACCAUACGGCUUUUAUGAUUCCUAAGAAAUUAGAGUUUCAAGGACAAAAGACUGAUGAUCAAUCCCCUGAACCUGAAAUACAAAAAGUGUUGCACCAAGAAAUGGAAUCGCGCCUUAAUCAGCUUCAACAGCGACUUACAACGUUACGCACUGAAUCCGAAGAAGUUUGGAAAACAUUAGAAACAGCCGAAUCGACACUAUUAGAAAUGUUAAAUGCAAAAGAUUAUGAUUGUAGCGGAUUUUUUAAAGAAAAUCCUAUCCCUCCAACCAAACCAUUGGAAACAGUUUCAAUUAAACAGCGAGCUGAUAGACAAGAAACGGAAGAAUUUUACUUAACCAAAUUCCGAGAAUAUAUAUUGGGCUCAACUCGAAUUGCUAGAUUGGAUGCAAAACAAGAAUAUAUAAGACAAUCCUUACUAGCAGACAGCCCAGAAGCGAAAAGUCCCCCUGUAAAACACGUUAAAACCCCUCGACGAAAGCGCAUAGGACGAUUACAGAUAAGUGGGCAACCUAAGUUAUUUGGUGGCUCCCUUGAGGAAUAUUUAGAAGCAACAAACCAGGAAAUACCCCUUAUAAUGAAAUCUUGCAUAAGAGUCAUUAACCUUUAUGGAUUGCAUCAUCAAGGGAUAUUCCGUGUCUCCGGNUUUGAAAGACGGAAACAACGGUCUACAUAUAAAAUAAUGUAUUUAAAUGUAGGUUAG